AUGAUAUCCACUGCUCAAAAGAUAGAAGACAUUGAUGCUUCUGGUAAAGCAUUCAGAAUUCUUAAGGCACUUAAUAUGAAGGAUAAUUUUGGUAAAGAUGACAAUGAUGAUAAAGGUAGUAGUAGUUUUGAAAAAGAAUUUAUUUCUGAAAAUGAAGUUCCAGAAGAUAUAAGAAAAUUGCCAGAUAAUAACUUAAUUGAUAAUACUAAACAAGUUACUUCUAGUGACUCAGAUAUGAGUGAUUACGAGUUAAUAAUUGACAGUGAUGCUGAUGAUGAUUUUGAAAACAUGGAUAACAGUUUACAUACUAAUAUAGAAACCACCUUGCGGCAACAAACUUUACCAAGUAACCCAAUAAGCAUUAUUGAAUAUAAUAUUCCAUAA